AGACAGCUGGAGAUACUAGACUUAUCCGGCAUCUCUUUGUCUUUUAUCCACUAGAUUUCCUUCUGUAUUGUUGUUUUUUCAACUUGGAGAACGAUUUGUAGGUUUUGCGUGCAGAUCCGCGCCACUCUAUGUAAUAUUGAGACACUGCAUACUACAUGCAGUUAAGCUUAUUUAGAAUAUUGUGCAAGAAAAGUGCUAUUUCAGGGCUGUUACAGCAUCACAGGCCAGCACAGACGAAGGAAAUAAUGGAAAUUACUGGAAAAAUAAUCUUUACGGGCGGCUCUGCGCCCGAUGUUCUUCCAACUCCUUCGUAUUUAACGGUGAAGUUUGAAGACGUGAGUUUGAUGGAUGCCCCCUCAGUCAAGAUCGGCGAAUCAGUUGUCGAUGUCACAAACAUAUACAAGAAAGGCGAACCACUGAUCUUCACCAUUAAGUGCCCCAAACCGUCUCCCACUCAACCAGAUUACAGUGUUUCUGCCGUUUUAAAUGUAGGCUGGAAACCAGACGGGAACUCGUGGAUAAGGAAAGGGGAUUAUUUAAAUGACACCAUGCACCAUAUACCUUUGGAAGUUGGAAAAGAUUCGUACAAGAUGGACAUCGAGGUGAUUAAGUACCGAUAAAAAUAGUGAGCUUGGUAAGUGAUUUUUAGCAUAUUCACCCCUGGUACAUAAUUGUAAUGUGAGAUAAAGAACAUAAAUAUUGAUUUGAUUUAAAACCAAAAUGAUUGCCUGUAUGUUCACUUUUGGAUACAACCCUGAAAGAGGAAUACGUUACAGCACGGUUCACGUUGUUUUAGUGUCACCAGGGAAGUAGGUAAGACUUCCCUGAAGAGGUUCUCACACGUCCAGUGUCUUAUCAGCAUUUUGGGCACACUGAUACCAUUACUAAACAACAUGACAAUCAUUUCCUCUUCACUGAGAGGGGGUUACUAGCAUCGCAGAACCCCCCUCUAACCAUGCCUCAAGCUAAAACUGUAUCAUUGCUGCAGUUUUUCACUCAAUUAAAUGCAAUAUAAACUAGACUCAGAGACACAUCGAAGGAUUGAGGAUAUUCUAAGGUCAUAUAACAACUUUGUAAAUCACAUAAUUUUUCAUUGUGCCAUUUACCCUCCCCCCUGAAAUUCUGUUUCAGAGAAUUUGGUCACAUUUUUUAAUUAACCCAUAGAUCCACAUCGUUGAGAUUUGGGAGUCUUAUAUGUGUCAGCUUGCAUGCUAUCCAAGCAGCAGGUGCCGUCUUGAACCAUUAUUGAUGGAUGAGACCCUGCAAAAAUUUGAUGGUCAAAUCCAUAUUUAUCAUGUUUGUGAAUACUUUCAUCUUUUUUUCUUUCAGCUUGUCCUGGUUGUAUUAUUGGACAGGCUUCAAAUUCACACUUUUACUCUGAAUUUUUUUGAUCUUAUUAAUUUAUUUUGGGUGUCUAUAUUUGUCCUUACGAAGUACAUGUGUGUGCAGAGGUGUGAAGGUUUGUCUUAGAAUUUGAAAGUCUAGUAUGAAUAAAAAAUUUACAUUAACAGAUGAAGAUUUUUGUCACAAAUCUGUUUAUUUUCAUUAAAUAUAUGUAGGAAUUUCAUUGAUAAAUUGAUGCCUUGUCUAAAGUUCAGUGGAGCUGUAGAUGAUUUUCAGGAUGUUUAAAAAAUAAAUGGUAUUUUAUGGAC